AAAAGCAAUCAGUCAUGUGCAGCGGAGCUGGUAAAUAAAAUAAAAUAAAAUAAAUGAAGCUUCCGAUGAUAUUUUUCAAAGUCUAAGGAGUGAAAUUGUUAAAUUAGUAAGCGUAUAUAAUUAAUGAGAUUAAAAUAAAUAGGCGUAAUCCAUUAGGAUGCUGAGGCUAUUAAGAUUUUUAAUAACUAUAAAAAUAUGAGUUUACUGUCUGUGUAUAACUAUUGACCUUCUGCCGGCGUGUAAACCUCGGCGGAAACUUAUAACAUAUUUCAUUUUUCGUUUCUCUUGUGCGUCGACUAUUUUUGUGCAGACUUGUGUGUAAUUGGGUAGUGGCUUUCUAGCUGGUUCACCCCACGGGCCUUUAUAUCUCCCCGAGAUGCUGCAGGUUUGCGUCAGGUAACUUUCGUCCGUUUCCAACGCAAGACAUCAAUCACCAUGGAAGAAGAUGAACAAAAGACCGCAAUAAUGCGCAAAGCAUUUCAAAUGUUUGACACCACCAAGAGCGGCUUCAUUGACACCAUAAAGAUCUCGACGAUAUUGAACACCAUGGGCCAGUUGUUCGACGAUGCCGAGCUGAACGCAAUCAUUGCGGAAAAUGAUCCCGACAAGGUCGGAAAAGUUAAUUUCGACGGGUUCUGUAAAAUAGCCGGGAGAUUCCUCGAAGAAGAAGACGCAGAAGCAAUGCAAGAAGAGUUGAAAGAAGCUUUCCGUCUUUACGACCGCGAAGGAAACGGUUACAUCACAACGGCUACGCUUAAAGAAAUUCUCGCGGCUCUUGAUGACAAAUUAACGAGCUCGGACCUCGAUGGUAUUAUUGCCGAAAUUGAUACCGAUGGCUCUGGCACAGUGGACUUUGACGAGUUCAUGGAGAUGAUGACUGGUGAAUAACUCGUGUUCAAGUUAAUCUUCACAAGAAUACUAGCACCCACGCAAAAGACAAAAUUUAAAACAACGGCCAGCUUUGUCAUCAUAAGAAGAAAUUAGAUAUUCGCAUGCGAUUUGAUAAUUUUCAUUAUACAUCCAAUCAGUUCUCCACAUC